UUUAGACACAUUUUUUGAUCACAACUUUUUACGUAAAAAAGAAAGAAAAGAAAGAAAAAUAUGGCAACAAUUUUUUUAUAUGCAAUAAUUUUGGUACUCAACAAAGAAGAAGUUUGUGAAGCCAUUAUCUAUAACCUUAUUGAGAACAACGUAACUGCAACUUUUCAAGGAAAUUUACUAAAAGUUAUACCAAAACUGUAUGAAGAGUUUUUAAUAACAUUUGAUUUUCAAAGAAUUGAAGCACCAGUUAAUAAUUGGUACAAUAUUCUUCUUUUCACAACCGGAGGAAAUGGAUUUGAUGUUGGUUCUCGUGUACCAAGUGUUUAUUUAAAUCCGGAUUCAAUUUUAGAGUUUUGCUUUAUCGUAAACAAUGAUUACAAUUAUAAUUGCUUUUCUAUAACACCAUAUGCAAAAAAUCAAUGGACGAAAAUUGAAAUAAGUCAAUUUUGGAAUUGCAGUCAUUAUGUGAACUCAGUAAAAAUAAAUGGCAGUUUUGUGCACUCUAAAAUAAACUACAAUUUUCAAUCUUUUGAAAAUGUUAGUGUAUAUGCUUCGGAUCCCUUCUCCCAAGCAAAUGGUUUCAUAAACAACUUAAUUGUUGUUAGCGGCAAUAUAAGUUCUUGGAUGCCUUGGAGCAGUUGGUCUACUUGCAGUGCUGUUUAUGGUUAUGGAGUAUUAAAUAGAACAAGGGUGUGUAAUGCCUCACAAAGUUUAGCAUGUUGUAUAGGCAAUAGUGUUGAAGUAAAAGAUUGCCUUGUAAAAACAUAUUCAGAUUUUACCAAAACCCUAUGGAAUGUUUCCAAUGUAGUCACUUUAAAUGGAUAUAAUAUAAGAAUCAACUUGCAAAUUUAUCCUGUAUUUAAAGUAUUCUUAAAUGCUUAUUUGGAAUUUGAGUAUUUUAUGCCACCGUAUUUUUACUUUACAACUGAAAAUGUAGUUCAAGAUUUUGUUAGGUCUGAUGCCAAUCGAAUGAUGUACUUUUUCAAUGGAAGUAUCCAUUCUUUUCACUCAUUCAAUUACAGUUUUGAAGCAACUAUUCUUUGUUCUAAAUGCCCUAUAGCUGGAAAGUUUACAUUAGACAUUCCAUUAAAAGUAUCAACUCAAGUAGAAUCUGGUUACCCAAUAACAUUUUUCAAAACGUCUCGAAAUUUGGUUGAGUGCAAUAGAGUUUUAAAAAUUCCAGUUGUUGUGGAGAAAAAUAUACUUAAAGAAAGUUAUGGACGUGGGAUUUAUUGGGAUUCUGAAAACACUAACAUUUAUGUCUGUAUGAAUCAACAACUUCCGAGUACAGAAGUGGCAUGUUAUUUUUCAAAAGAUGAAGGAAAAUCAUGGUUGGAAUUAGAUGUACGUAUUGGAUCUGUUCUCGGUCAUCACUCAAUAACUAAACAACUUUAUGCAAUCCACCGAAACCAGAAAACAUACAUGAUGUUUUGUCAGAUAAAGAAAAGAUGGUUGUCGUUGACAAACCAACAAUUUUAUCAUAAAGCUUAUAGUUAUAUUGAUUCAACUAAGCGAAAAGUUAUGGAAAGCGAAUAUGAUCAAUCAUUCACUUUUGGAUCAAACCAAUGGCUAGGAAACGCUGAAGGUUUGUUUUUCCGAAAGUAUAAUAAUGAUUCCUGGACACUAAGAUUAAAGUGGUUUUAAUAAUUACCCCCAUGUAUUUUGAAAGGUAUUACUUACAUGUAAAAAAAAAGAGUAGAUAUUCA